AUGGCGGCCGAAAUGGUCGCCGCCACGUGUGCUCGAGACACAAAGAAAUCUGACCUUGAGGCCAGGCUGGACGAGCUGUUCGCCAGAUUCUGGAGGACAACAGCCUCCAGGGAGCAACAGUCCAAGGCAUACCAACCUGCUACAAUCCUACUAGCGAUCCCCCAACAAAAGGGCUCACCCCCUCGUGCAAACAAAGCCAGUGGAGGCAAAACUGAACAGCAUGUAAGCCCAAACGACUACCACUGCCUAUAA